CAUCCUGUACAAUGGAUUAAAGUGAGCUAAAAUAACUACUAUAUCUCUGCUUUUUUAUUUUAUUAAGUGCUCCAACUCCUUUCUACCUCGAAAGCGUAAAUUGGAUAUUUGAGAAACAUGUUCGUAAAUACAAGGACAUUUUCGAGUGUCAUAUAACAACUUCCAAUGUCACGUGUUGAGCAAUCGGUCAUGAGGUUUAUUGUGUACAAAAGGUAAGCGCCACCUGUCACCAACAGCACAAGGUCGGCUGAUAACAGGUAAAGAAAGGAAGAGCAUCUACCGUGACAAAAUGGUGUCAUUAAUCUGCACGCUCCAGGACCAUCGAGAUGAAGUAUAUUGGUGCGCGUUCUCCCCCACACUACUGGCGACUUGCUCCGGGGAUAAGACCAUACGUAUCUAUAACACCAAUGACUUCUCGGAGUUGCCGUUUUCGCCUCUGUCAGGCCAUCGCUAUGGAGUUCACUGCUGCAGUUUCAGUGUAUGUGGCACCUACUUGUUCACCUGUUCCACAGACGCUUUAACUAUCAUGUGGAGUAUGGCAACAGGUGAGGUAAAGACGAAAUUUGAACAUCCUGGAGGCAGCCCAGUCAGGGUGUGCUCACUGUCUCCCGACUCCUCUCUCCUGCUAUCAGGGGCAUCAGAUGGAACCUUGGCCCUUUGGGAUUUCCACUCUAAGAAAUUACGCAAAUCUAAGGCCGUGACAGAGGCCACGGUGAUGGCGUGCUGCUUCACUCCGUGUGGUCAGAUGUUUGUGACAGGAUGUACAUCUGGAGAUAUCAAAGUGUGGGAUUUGGACAUGAAGCAGCUCUAUGCAGAGAGGGAUGCCCAUGAUAUGGGGGUGGCCUGCUGCCAUUUUGCACCCCAGUUUGACAUUGAUUUCAGUUCGGUCGAGUUUCGAUUGGCCUCCUGUGGACAGGACAGUCAACUGAAGGUAUGGAUCGUAUCUCAGCAUGGUGCAGCAGCCUGUGAGAUGAAGCUGCUCCACACUCUGACUGGUCAGUCGGCCCCUGUGCUCUCCUGUGCCUUCUCUUCUGAUGGUGAGCUGCUUGUCUCAGGCUCAGUGGAUAAAACGGUGACCGUGUACAAUGCGAGCGAUGGAGUCCUCCUUCACACUUUGAAACGGCAUGAGAGCUUUGUGACAGCCUGUGCCUUCUCUCCAACCCUGCCCUGGAUUGCUACUGGCUCCAUGGACAAGAAGGUCAACGUGUGGAGGAUAGCAGAUAGAGAUAGUGGGCAGGCUCAACCCAGGAACCCCUCGUGCCAAGGAGCAGGAAGGAAGCUGUCAGGUCACUCCAGGCUGCUGGUGAGCGACUGGUCCGAGGAGGAUGUGUUGGCCUGGCUGAGUGAGGAGGGUCUGGAGGAGCUGGUCACAACCUUCACAACCAAUAACAUAGACGGGCCUGAGCUGCUCUGUCUGACCAAGGAGACCCUGGCCUCAGAGCUGAGCAUCGAGUCGGUGGGUCUCCGUGGUAAAGUCCUGAGGAAGGUGGAUGCUCUGAAGGCAGAGUUGACGGGACUAGACGCCCCAGAUGAGUUCCUCUGUCCAAUCACCAGAGAGGUGAUGAAGGACCCUGUCAUUGCUGCAGAUGGAUAUUCCUAUGAGAGAGAGGCCAUUGAGAGUUGGAUCAGCGCUAAGAACCGCUCCAGUCCCAUGACCAACCUACCUUUACCAACCACUCUGGUCAUGCCCAACAGAAGCCUGAAGACUGCUAUUGGCCGUUGGACUGCCACUCAGUGAUGGAUUGGUGUACGAGUAAUCAGUAAUGCCUUACUCUGAAGCAGACUGUAAAAUGAGGUCACCCAAUUGUUUCCUAUGAGAAUACUCAGUGGUGCAUUUGAUGAUCAGGAAGUGUCAUUUCAGCAUGUCGCCAUCUUGCUACAUGAAGUUUUUGGAAACAUUGCAUGCGUAGUUUGAGCUACUCUAGGAAGUGACGGUGCAGGCUAGCUCAGUGCUACCCCCUCUCAUGGAGAACCUCAAGUUGAAGGCCAACCAGGUACUACAGGCUACCAUUUGUAACUAAAUGAUCCUUAGAACUUUGUCUGUGUGUGAUUUUAAAGGAAUUGCUUCAAAGACAUACACCCAGUGAAAUAGAAAUCAUGUACCAUGAUUGUGUUUGGAAAAGGUUUUUAUAUCCACAAAUAUUUACCACAAAAAUCGCCAUUUCCCCAUUCACUAUAAAUGGGGGAUCUUGUUUUCUGGAAACAAUGCCUGCAGUACUGUGGUCGGCCUUCAACUUGAAAUCCUCAAUGCGAAGGGGGCAUUUCAGAAUCAAGACAAAUUUGUACAAUGUAAUCACUGACAAUCAGUUCACCGCACAGUUCUAUUACAUACUUUUGAUUAAACAAGGGUGAUUAUUCAUCAAUGAAUGAUA